AUGCAGCUUCCUUGUCUCCACAUCCCGCCACCCAAAACCCCUCCGCCGCCGCUCUACCUCAAAUUCCGCACAUCUCACCGCGAAAACCUCCGCUACCUUAAAGCCAUAGGCAUUAUCCAUCCCAACACCAACCCUCGCAAUCUCCCAUCCCCUCAAACCGCCGACUACCUCAUCUCCACCGUCAACUUCCUCAAAUCCAAAGGCAUCCACGAUAACGAUUUCCCUCGCCUUACCUUCCUUUGCCCCCAACUCUUCUCCUCCAACUUCUCCACCUCCGAAAUCGAGCCGGUUUUCGAUUUCUUAACCACCGAUCUAAACGCCACCGCACAAGAAUCCCGCGGAUUGAUCGUUCACUGCCCCUACAUCUUAUUCUCAGACGUGGAAUACUGUUUGAAGCCCACGGUCGAGUACCUCAAAGGACUGGGCGUCGAGAAACUGAACGAGCCGAGCAAACAGAAGGCGUUUCUACUGAACACGAGGGUGGAUAAAUUAAAGGCUAAGAUCAAGUUCUUGAGGAGCAUAGGGUUGAGAUACGAAGAAGCAGCGAUGGUUUGUGCGAGGAUGCCAGCGAUAUUUGGGUACAAUGUGGAGUAUAAUUUGAGGCCUAAAUAUGAGUUCUUAGUGGGGGAAAUGGAGAGGAGCUUGGAGGAAUUAAAGGAGUUUCCGCAGUAUUUUGGGUUUAGUUUGCAUAAGAGGAUUGAGCCAAGGCAUUGGCAUUUGAAACACAGGAAUGUUAGGAUUAAACUGAAUAGGAUGUUGUUAGGAGGUGAUGAUAGGUUUUAUUCUAAAUGGAAAUGAGAUUUGGAGGGUCUUAAUUACAAUUAUACAAUAAUUUAACUUUCAAAAAAGAACAAAGAAUUUUUGGUGUCAAAUAAUAUCUUGAAAAAACUAUUAUUCAUUUAGAUUAAUUA